UCGACCACGGAAGUACGCCCCUUCAGGACCCAAAUUAGGCCGCUACAUGUCUCGGUUAUCUGGCCUGCCCUCGUCCGCCUCCAGAUCGUUGCUACAGCGGCUAUCGCUCAGCAAAGAUGGCUCCAAAGAGUAACGGCGUCGGAACCAUGCCCGACGACACGCGCAUUUGCGUCGUCAUGGUCGGUCUGCCCGCACGGGGCAAAAGCUACAUUGCGCAAAGAGCACAGCGCUACCUGAGAUGGCUGUCGAUUCCGGCAGCGACUUUCAACGUUGGCAAUUACCGUCGCCACGACGCGCCGCAUCCCUCGGCCGAUUUCUUCGACACCAACAAUGUCGAGGGCGAGCGGAAGCGGCGAGCAGCUGCCGAAGCAGCCGUAUCAGACAUGCUCAAAUGGUUCAAGAGCGGAGGGGUCGUGGGCAUAUUGGAUGCCACCAACAGCACCAAGGAGCGCCGGAAGUGGGUCCUGGAACGGGUCGCCAGCGAAGGCAUCGAGGUCAUCUUCGUCGAGUCCAGGUGCGACAAUGAGGAGUUGAUCAUGGCCAACAUCCGCGACGUCAAGACGACAUCCCCGGACUACGUGGGCCAGGACCCGGAAGAAGCUGCGCUGGACUUCCGCGAACGCAUCCGCAAUUACGAGAAGGUCUACAAGUCACUUAACGACGACGGGGACGAAGACCACUUGACCUACCUGAAGAUCAUGGACGUCGGUAAAAAGGUCUUUAUCAACCGCAUCCAGGACUAUUUGCAGAGCCGCAUCGUCUAUUUCCUCAUGAACCUGCACAUCCGCCCGCGCUCUGUCUGGCUAUCCCGGCACGGCGAAUCCCAGCUCAAUCUAGAAGGCCGCAUCGGCGGCGAUUCACUAUUAUCUCAUCGUGGCGAAGAGUAUGCGCGGAAGCUCCCUGAGUUGGUUCUCGAGUCUGUCGGUAGCGAUCGACCCCUGACGGUCUGGACCUCGACAUUAAAACGGACCAUUGCCACUGCUCGACAUCUGCCGAAACAUUACAAUCAGCUCCAGUGGAAAGCCCUGGAUGAGCUCGACGCCGGAGUGUGCGAUGGCAUGACAUACCAGGAGAUCGCGGACCGGUACCCUGAAGACUUCCAGGCGCGCGACGAGGACAAGUACAACUACCGCUAUCGCGGGGGCGAGAGCUACCGAGACGUGGUCAUCCGUCUAGAACCGAUCAUCAUGGAGCUCGAGCGCAGUGAGGACAUCCUGAUCAUCUCGCACCAAGCCGUCAUCCGCUGCAUCUACGCCUACUUCAUGCAAAAGUCACAAGAGGAGAGCCCAUGGGUGCCCGUGCCGCUACACACCCUCAUCAAGCUGACGCCACGAGCGUACGGCACCGAGAUACAGACGUACAAAGCCAAUAUCAAGGCGGUCAGUACGUGGCGUGGAAAGGGUAGCACCGCCAAGCACGAGGACCCAACGCCCGAGGGUGGCAUCUGAAGAGCUCUCAGCGCUUUUUGAUACUUUUGCCUCAGCCUCACGAUUGGAUUAUUGGUUACCUAUCUCAAGUUGGUUUUGACGCAUGUUUUAGACCUUGUCUUUCCGUGUGCUUUAGCACCGGAUUGCAUCAAUACU